UGUGGCGUUGUGUAUGCGGAAGUGAUGGACGCGGCUUGUGUUUCUGCAGGAGUCUGAGGCGUCGGAUGAAGCUGCAUGACAGAAGGUCAGGAUGCUGGAGUCCUAUGUUUCUCCUCUCUUGAUGAGUUAUGUGAACCGCUACAUAAAGAACCUGAAGCCGUCGGACCUGCAGCUGUCACUAUGGGGCGGCGACGUGGUUCUGAGCAAACUGGACCUGAGACUGGACGUGCUGGAGCAGGAGCUCAAGCUGCCCUUCACCUUCCUGAGCGGACACAUCCACGAGCUGCGCAUCCACGUGCCCUGGACCAAACUGAGCUCGGAGCCCGUGGUCAUCACCAUCAACACCAUGGAGUGCAUCCUCAAGCUCCGAGACGGAGCCACGGUCAGUGUCUUGUUUGAUUUGUUCCUCCUGCUGUCUGCAGGGUAUGUGCAGAGCCUUAUUCGGCGAGUGGUGAAUAAUGUCAAUAUCGUGGUCAAUAAUCUGAUUCUGAAGUAUGUGGAAGAUGACAUCGUGCUGUCGGUCAACAUCACGUCUGCAGAGUGCUACACGGUGGACGAUCUGUGGGACCGAGCCUUCAUGGACAUCAUCGCUCCUGAACUGGUCCUGAGGAAGGUGAUAAAUUUUUCCGACUGCACCGUGUGUUUGGAUAAGCGCAAUGCAAGCGGGAAGAUCGAGUUUUAUCAGGACCCGCUGCUCUACAAAUGCUCCUUCAGAACUCGUCUUCAUUUCACCUACGACAACAUCAACGCCAAAAUCCCCGCCGUCAUUAAAGUUCACACGAUGGUGGAGAGUCUGAAGCUCUCUCUGACGGACCAGCAGCUGCCCAUGUUCAUCCGGCUGAUGGAGCUGGGUGUCGCGCUGUAUUACGGAGAGAUGGGCGUCCAUCGAGACGCAGAGAAGGAGGAGAGCGGCUCGCUUCGAGAGAGCGUCUCUGGUCUGAUGGACGCGUCCGAUCCGGCUCUGACGGGUCAGUACUUCCAGGGCGAGGAUGAAGAUGAAGGCUGGAUGUCGUGGGCCUGGUCCUUCGUCCCGGCCAUCGUGAGCACCGGAGAGGAGGAGGGCGAGGGCGAGUCUGGCCUCUACACGGACACACAGGAGUCUGGAGCCACCCGGCCCCUGCAGAACUCACCCAGAGACCCCAUAGUGUCUGUCGGCUUCUACUGCACCAAAGCCUCCGUCACAUUUAAGCUGACAGAGAGCUGCUCUGAGAGCAGUUACUACAGUCCACAGAAGCUGAAGUCUCGUGAGGUCCUCAGUGUGGAGCAGGAGGGAAUCACGGUGGAGGCGCUGAUGAUGGGCGAGCCCUUCUUCGACUGUCAGGUUGGAGUCGUGGGCUGUCGUGCUGUGUGUCUGAAGGGCAUUAUGGGGGUUCGUGAUUUUGAAGAGAACAGGAACAGAAGAGAGGAGGAUGCCGUGUUCUUCCGCUGCGGAGACACGCUGAGCGUUAAGGGCAUGACGUAUCUGACCAACUCGCUGUUCGACUACCGCAGCCCGGAGAACAACGGAGUCCGAGCAGAAUUCAUACUGGAUGGAAACCUGCACAGGGAGACGUACACGGAGAACACGGGGCUGCAGCGCUACGGUGCGUUCUACAUGGAUUAUCUGUACACGAUGGAGAACAGCAGCAGAGGUGCGGUGCUCUUGGUGAGCGUUCAGGGCGUCGCUGUUAAUGUGGAUCCGGUUCUGUCCUCCUGGCUGCUGUUCCACCCUCAGAGAACCAGCGGCAGCAGACAGACUCAACAGGUUUCCAUGGUGAUGAAGAAGAGGAGGGAGGAUGAAGCAUCUGUUGGCAGCACACCACUAACCAAACAACCCAGUAAUCAGGCAUCAGACUACACCAGCAGUCCUGUGAAGACCAAGACUGUGGAGCUGCAGUCGUGCUGUGUGUUCAUGCCGUCAGAAAGCCUCCCGUCUCCCAGCAGGCUGGUGUGUGGUGAUAUCCCGGGCACCGUGCGCAGCUGGUAUCACAGUCAGGCGUGUAUGCCGGGGACGCUGGUGCUGUGUCUGCCGCAGAUCAGUGUGUUGAGCGCAGGACACCGGCGCAUGGAGCCGCUGCAGGACGUCCCGUUCACUGUGCCUAGACCUGUGCUGGAGGAGGGCGAUGCGUUCCCGUGGACAGUGUGUGUGAGUCAGCUGAGCAUCUACUCUCUCCUGGGACAGCAGCGGUCUCUCAGCGUGCUCGAGCCAGUGGGAUGCACCUCCACGCUGGCGCUCACCGCUCCCAAACUGCAGCCUGACAGCAGAGACGCCUUCAUCAUGUGUCUGCAUGUGGAUCUGCAGUCGGUGCACCUCAAAUGCUCCAACCCUCAGGUACUGCCGCGUUUCCCAUCAGCCCACUGCAUUCUCUAA